UCCCGGGUCCAGACUGGAGAGUUGUGCUGCCAGCUGCAGUCGUCGACCACACCGCUGACGUCCAACCCAUAUCGGAGAUGAAACCUACAUUUCGUGCACUCCAGACGCUCGAUCGCUGCACAAUGCGGGCCCGGACAACGGCAUUCAUUGGCCUGGGUCGCAUGGGCUCUGAGAUGGCGCACAACCUCUUCCUUAACAAGUUCUCCGAGUCUCCGGACUUUGGGUUUGUCGUAUGUGAUGCAAUUCCGGAGAGUGCUGUAUCCUUUCAACGCAGCUUCUUAUCUCGAUUUCCAGAGGCACUCAUCGAAGUAGUUCGCACUCCGGAGGAAGCAGUCCGGGCGUCCGCAACCGUCGUAACGAUGCUACCCUCCUCUCCGGAAGUUCAAACCGUAUAUACAGAAUCCAACGGGGAUCAUACCCGCCCUACGACGUUGCUUAUUGACUCCACCACCCUUGACGUGGAUGUCGCGCGGCGAGUUGCUGGCGCUGCCGAGGAGUCGAAAGCACUCAUGAUCGACGCGCCUGUGUCAGGGGGCGUCGCUGGUGCCAAGGCAGGUACACUGUCUUUCCUGGUCGGUGGGACAGAAGCAGCGUUCCGGAAAGCAGAACCAAUUCUGUCCCAUAUGGGGAAACGGAUCAUUUAUUGUGGAUCAUCAGGUGCAGGGCUUAGUGCAAAGAUCUGCAAUAAUCUGGUUCUUGGUGUGCAACAGAUCGUCGUUGCCGAAGCCAUGCUUCUCGGCCAAGCGUUAGGCUUGGACCCCGCCGUGCUUGCUGGUGUCAUAAACAGUUCGACGGGUGCCUGUUGGGCCUCCUCAGUCAACAACCCAGUUCCGUCAUCUCUUCCAGACAAGUCACCACCCUGUGAAAGGGACUAUGAAGGUGGAUUUGCCACUGCCCUUAUGAUCAAGGACAUGCGACUUGCCACCGACAUCGCAAGUGCUCGGAGGAGCCCCCUUCCGCUUGGGCAGGCCGCGAGAGACUUGUAUGCCCGUGUGUUGAAAGUAUCCCCUGAGCUUGCAAGGAAAGACUUCUCGUCUGUAUACCGAUACCUGAAGGACCUUAGUGGAGAUGGCCACGAUUGAGCCCGUGGAUAUAUAUAUAUAAUUGACAUAUUGUCAGCCUGUUUUCAAUGCUAUCAGGAGUGUUGUUCCUUUGUCGUGGC